AAGUCUGAAUAAAAAAUGUAUUUUAAGGCUAUUGGAGAAGAAAUAUCCCGUUUACAGUAUGCUAUAGAACUCUUCACUGCUGCUGCUACUAGAUGUGGAAAACCUAAUCUAGGUGGUUGUGCAGACUGGAAUAGACGAGCAGAGCGAGCUCUAACUGAAGCUAAGAAGGAUAAUGAUUUUAUCUAUCAUGAGAGAAUUCCAGAUGUGAAACAGCUCACGGCUAUUGGUCGAGCACCUGUUGUUAAACCUACUCCUGUUCCUGAACGGUUUUCCCCGGCAGAUCCAGACCUUUUCGCUAAACUAAUGCCGGUCCAUAUCCAUCAGGCAAUGGCUGCGUUUGAUGUACGUCGUCAGGAGUUGGUUGGAAAGGAGGUUAACCGGUUGAAGGAAGGAACUAACCUCCUCAACGAGCUUCUGUCCUCGAUGAACCUCCCCGCCGCUCUGGAGGAUACAACCGGCGGGGGAGUACCCGCCAGUAUUCAGGAGAAAUCUGCGGCAGUUAUUCAGGCUGGUGGUGUAGAGCUGCUGGAGAAACUGAUGAAGGAGCUGCCGGAGAUGCUCCAGAGGAACACGGACCUGCUCCAGGAGUCCCAGAGACUGCUCCGGGAGGAGAAGGAGAGCGAUGAUAAACUCCGGGAACAAUAUAAGGAUAAAUGGAACAGAACCCCGUCUGAGAAACUGACCGUAACUUUUACAACAAACGCAAACAAAUACUCAUCUAUAAUAACAACAGCACAGCAGGCGGAUGCAGUGGUUAAAGAGAAAUUCAAUGCCCACUUGUCGGGAAUAAGAAGUUUGGCAGGAGGGGAAGCAGCGAUGAACUCUUCUAUUCCUCAGGGAGCAGCUGGUGCAGGAGGGUCAGCAGCCGGCAGAUUGAAAAGUUUGAUGGAGUCUGUUGAAACCUUGAAAGCUGAACGAGCUGUAAUUGAUUCAGAACUGAGGAACACUACAGUAGAUAUGAAGACUGUAUUCCUGUCUGCGUCUGCUAGUGGAAACUUGAAUGAACCGGUUUUAUCCACUCAACAUCUAGACCGGGCGUUUAGCUCUCUUCAAGCCCAGGUAUCGGAAAGUAUCAGUUCACAAGAACGUCUGAUUGCAGAAAUACAGGAUCUUUAUCAACCUUUCAUUCAGGAGAGGGGAGGGUCGGGAAGUGAAAGAGAAAAUGCUCUUAAAUCCUUAGCACAGGCUCAUGAUGCGUAUAUGGAGUUGAAGGGAAAUUUGGAGGAGGGGACAAAGUUCUACAACGAUCUUACCCAGCUUUUGGUUACUUUCCAGAACAAGGUUUCGGACUUUACAUUUGCUAGGAAGACGGAGAAAGAAGAGCUUCUGAAGGACAUGACGAAUAGUUUUGCUGGUAUGAGUAUGGAUGCUCCUCCCGCAGCUCCCAGCCAUCAUAACGUCUCCGCUCCUGACCCUAGCCGGCCUCCGAGGAAAAAUGAGCCUCCAGCACGCCCCCCUCCUCCAACCAAUGUGCCCACUUCUGCCCCUCAAGGGGCACCUAACCCCUAUGCAGGGGCCCCUGGCCCACUACCCUAUCCAACACAGCCGGGCGCAAUGCCGAUGCCUUAUGCACCAUAUACGCCGAUGCCAGGUGGAUACAAUCCGUACAGUUAUCCUAUGCAACCCAAUAUCCAGCCCUACCCACAACAGCCGGGAUAUUACCCACAAGGAUAUCCACACCAAGGAUAUGCUCCCAACCCCCAGUAUCCCUACCCGCCUCAAGGAUAUCCACAGCCUGGAUAUCCACAGCAGCCAGGAUAUCCACAGCAGCCUGGAUAUCCCCCACAGCAGUAACUUUCUAGUUGCCGAAACUUGAAAAAUAUUCUAUUAUUGAUUUCUGUUGAUUUCCGGGAAAUGCUUUUCACAAAAUAAUCUUAAUUCUUUUGCUAUUUUACCCCAAAUGUUUAUGAUCAAAUCUAAAUUAAAUUCUGAAAAUAUUUUUUAAAAAUUUUGUCCUCAAAAGUCUCGGAACAUAUUUUUCCCCGUAAUGCAGUUAUUUUUAAUGAAUUUGUUAAAAUGUAUAUUAUUUAUAUAUAUAUAUAUAUAUCCUUGAUUUAUAAUUAAUUUGGCAUUUAUUUAUCUUGUAAAAUUAUUUUAAUUCAAUGAUUCUUUAAAUUUUACUGAAAGAGACGGUAAACUAUAAUUUAAUUGAACUUUUCUAACUAUCCUAUUUUAUCAGAAAUAGGGUAAAAGGGUAAUAUUCCUCAACGAUGACAGAAUACUUUUUAGGGCCAUUUGAAAUAAAGUGACCAGUCCCUUUCACAUUCUUAGCUAAAACCCAUUUCAAAAUAAAUUUCCCAUUUUGUGAUUUCUUGUGAUUUAUUUGGAAAAAGUCCUCGUAAUGAUAAUCUUUAUUUGUGGUUUAAUUCUAUUAAAAUCAUAUAUACAUAUAAAUAUAUUAUUUUCAGA